UGCGUGUAUGCGCUGCGCGAGUACUUCGUUUUUCAAUGGGGUAGCGCCGUGCCCGAUAUGAGGCCAGCGGCAGCGUCGCUGCUUCUCUGUUACCUGGUCGGGGAGGCCUCUCUGUUCGACUUUGACGAUCAGGAUUACACGGACGACACCUUGACCGCUCCAACGGCAACGACUACGCCGUCUCCCGUAGAGGAAGUGACGCACGCAGUACGUUCAGCCGUAACCUGUGACGACUACGAUUCAAGCACAAACACCUGCUGGUUCAGGCGUCAGGUAGGGGACACACUGACCCUAUGGUUGCGCGUCGCCAGGCCAGGAGUUCACCGCGUUUUGUGGCGUCGUCGCUAUCAGGGCCUCGAAAGGACCGAUGCCCUGGUCGUUGUACGUCCCGACAACGCCCCGUGGAACGUUGCUCUGGGCGGGGGCGGGGGAGAAUUGCGCAUCUCUCCCAUCACGGACACGGACCUGGACUCUAAUAGCUGGGAGGCAGCUGUGGGACUACUCAACGGGAGCUCUACAGUGGGUAACAUCACGUUUCGUAUCGUGGUCCUGGCCGUCGACCUUGGGCCUGUGUUCCGGGGAGACCAGAUCACGAUCAACAUGGAGGAUUUUCUGACGCUCCCACUGGAGUCCCUGCAGUUCAAGUGGGAACUUGAGGGUAACGACGCAUUGCCGAGCAACAUGCGGACGAGCCCCUCGGGACGCUCCCUGCGUAUCACUGCGCUACGUCGAAGUCAGAGUGGCAUCAUCUCGUGCUCCGUGUACUCAGAUACUGGGCUUUUCGUGGCACGCCGUCGGUUUAAGAUUCGAGAACCUCAAGAAGAGCCUCUUCCCGAGAUGCAGGGACGCUUUCAAAUGUACCGCCGUCGACGAAAACGAAACAAGCGUCGAGCGCGCCAUCGUCUGGAGACGAACGACGGCUCGUUGCUUAGCCAUUGUAACCGUCCCACUCAAUGCAGUCUUCAUGCUGUUUGUAAUAAGGAAACCAGCUACUGUGUUUGCGUUCGGGGUUACGUGGGAAACGGCCUUUUCUGCUGGGAGACAACACGCUCUUCGUAGUCCGCCAAAUUUGGCAGAAAAGAGCAGACGUGCUCCGGAAGCUGUAAAUAUCAGGAGCUUGGCGCUCUGAAAAACAUCUCUGUGCUGAGAAUUCUGCAG